GAAAAUCAAGGGGUCGGAAUACUUUUCUGAAGGCACUGUAUACCGAAGUAUGUGGACAACCUUUCAAAUUAGUGGAUUCGGCUAUUUCAGCCAUACCCUUUGCUGAUCGAUGUCUAAAAUUGAGCACCCAGCCAUACAAUCCCCAUAGACAAACAUUUUGACAGUAGAAUGGCCUUACUGAAGAGCUCAGUGACUUUCAACGGGGCAUCCUAUACCUUUCCAACAAGUCAGUUCGUCAAAUUUCUGCCCUGUUAGAGCUUCCCUGUUCAACUGUAAGUGCUGUUAUUGUGAAUUGGAAAUGUUGUUGCACCUAGACAUCUCUGCUGCAACGUGGUAGGCCACACAGGCUCAAAGAAUGGGACUACUGUGCUGAAGCAGUGCUAAAAAUAGUUUGUCCUCGGUUGCAACACUCACUACCAAGUUCCAUGCAAGGUUCAUGCAAAAUAUUUUGUCAAGAUCGGUGUAGAAGAUCUUGACUAACCUGCACAGAGCCCUGACCUCAACUCCAUCGAACACCUUUGAGAUGAACUGGAAAGUCGACUGCAAGCCAGGCCGAAUCGCCCCUGACCUCACUAAUGCUCUUGUGGCUGCUGUGGGGACUUGCCUCCAUUCCAACAUCUAGUGGGAAAGCCUUAUCAGAAGAGUGGAGGCUGUUAUAGCAGCAAAGGGGGGUGCAACUCCAUAUUAAUGCUUGUGAUUUUGGAAUGAGAUGUUCGACGAGCAAGUGUCCACUUACUUUUGGUCAUGUAUUGUAAAACAGGACAAUUUACUUUUUUGACUACUUUUUUGACUGGGCCUUUAAGACACUCGGAGUAAAAAUCUAUUCGUUAAAGUUUCUCAGCUGGUGAACAAGACAAUUUGAGAUUGUGGAAAAUGUUAUUAUGCUCUGACAUCGUUGCAAAUUAUGGGGAAUAACCAAUCGCGAGGAUCAUCGCCGGCUGUAGAUUUUGUGAUUUUGCGUUCCAAAGGGGCAACAUGAAAUAGUGAUACAUGUUGUAGUUUAAUUAAAUCGAAACACAAGUGUGACUUGACGGUAUAUCAUGUGAAAUAUGCCUUCAAAUCAUUGUCAAAAGUGCGGGAUAUUAUGUUGCAUGUACACUACUGUUACAAAGUUUGGGGUCACAUAGAUAUUUCCUUUUAUGGAUUGAUCAUACAGAAAUAUACAGAUAUUAUUCCAAAUCAAUUGCCUGUAUGGUGUGAGAAACGCUCACUUACUGCCUUAUCGAUAAUCAAGAAUUCUGCUGGUAACUCUUAAUGGACAGCUCAUGAGGGCUCCUCAAUAUCUGCCGAAUAGACUUCAGGCUUAGUUUUUAUUUUUACCCAUAAGAGUAUAAUUAAAAUAUCUCUAUUCUCAGCACUUACGACUGGUUUUCAACUCUCAGGUGCUUUGUGGAUACAGGCCAAGAUCACACAUUAUGGGAUAGUCUGCAUACAGCUCAUGAAAGACUCUUACCAAAGCAGUUUGGCUGCCCCUUAGAUUGGCCAGAGCCUUCCUUGGCCCUUGACUCGGGCCAUCAUGUAACCUGGUUAUUAUACUGUCUGCUUUAAGCAGCAAUAAUGGAUGAAUUGUGACUACGUACGUUCACACACACAUGCAUAUUGACUCCACACACUUACAUGUAUACACUUUCACACUCUUUACGUACCAUGCUGCUGCACUGUUUAUCUAUCCUGAUUGCCUAGUCACUUUUACCCCUACCUACAUCUACAUAUUACCUCAACUACCUCAUACCACUUCACAUUGACUAGGUACCGGUACUCUUUGUAUUUCGUCUCAUUAUUGUUAUUUUAUUGUUACUAUUUAUUUAUUUUGUAGCAAAUUUGUCUAAAUGUUCUUAACUCUGCAUUGUUGGGAGAAGGCUCGUAAGUAAGCGUUUCAAGAUAGUCUACACCUGUUGUAUUUGUCGCAUGUGACAAAUAGAAUUAGAUUGGAUCAGCAUCCUCAGGUGCAAGCCUCUGGGCUGGCUAUAAGUAGCAGAGAGAGCCUAUAAAACUGUUACAGCCUGCCUAUCAGCAGUGUUGGGAAAAGUACUCAAUUGUCAUACUUGAGUAAAAGUAUAAUUUUACUUGAGUAACUUUCUAUUAAAAAGAUCAGUCACCAAGUAAAAUAUUACUUGAGUAAAAGUCUAAAAGGAUUUGGUUUUACAUUUACUUAAGUAUCAAAAGUAAAAGUAUACAUUUCAAAUUCCAUAUAUUAAGCGAACCAGACUUCAUCAUUUUAUUAUUUUUACUUAUAGCCAGGGGCACACCAACACUCAGACAUUAUUUACAAAAGAUGCAUUUGUGUUUAGUUUGUCCGCCAGACCAUAGGCAGUAGGGAUGACCAUGUGUUCUCUUGAUAAGUACAUCAAUUUCAGUUUCUUGUCUUGCUAAGCAUUCAAGGUGUAACUAGUACUUUGAGUUGUCGUGGAAAAUGUAUGGCGUAAAAAGUACAAUAUUUUCUUUAGGAAUGUAGUAAAAAAUAUAAAUGAAGUACAGAUACCCCCCAAAAAACUACUUAAGUAGUAGUUUUACUUAAGUACUUUACACCACUGCCUACCAGUACUCCUUGAUAAAUACAUAACUGAGUAGCAGUGUAGGUUGAUAGUGUGCUUUAGAGGGAAGACAUACAAACAUGAACAUCAACCGUGCGCGUGUGGUCAUUCUUUCUCCUCUGACCACAGAACAUCGGCCUGCAUUUUCUAUUCAUUUCCCGGCGAUUCUACAUGUUGAUUAAACUCAAUAUGCUAUUCUGUUAUUUUGAAAUACAUUUUAUUAGCAUAAUAAUGUUUCUUACUUUAUGAUGGUGUAGGCCUAUAUUUAAAUUGAAUCAUAAGAUGCUCCAAGGGUGUGGCUAUUGAACUCGUUUAGGCCUGGCUAUUCUAGUGUUAAUUGGUUCUUUAUCCAUGACUGGGAAUGAAGAGGGGAUUUCUCUUGGAGAGGUGAACGUGUGUGUGUGGUCUCUUCAUUCACUAUUUGACAAUUGAUUGUCACCCCUCAGACUUAUUACGGUAAUCUUGUCUAUAGAUAACAUCUGUUAUUACAUGUGUGAAAUUUGUUUAGGUUUAGUUUCGAUGGGCCAUUAUCAGCUGGGCAGACAACUGACGUCCUCCUAAAAAUGCUUAACACAUUCUGUUUGUUAUCGAAAUUCUUACAAUGUCAGUGUGUUAAAUAGACUUAUUUAGGAAAAGUCCAGGACUGGGGGGAGAUAUGACUUAAAAAAUGGCAGAGAAAUUACAUUUUUAAAAUGGCAUGAAGUUCAGAAGACGUUGGUGGGUCGAGGAUGAAUUAGUCUGUUCAUGACUCAAUGCUAUAAGCAAGAACACCUUUAUAACUUUUCCCUGGUAAGCCAUUUCCUUGUCUGGGUGGGUGUGUCCAUUUAAACUACCCAACCCUAAUAGGAAGGGCAUUUUUCUUUGUGUGUGUAAGAGAGACUGACAGAGACACUGGGGACUGUGUAGUGAUGGACUAUAGAGAGAAUCCACACCCUUAAUAUAUCUGGUAUGACGAAGAGCAGUCAUUGACAGGCACUUGUUUUAGGAUGGCUCUUUUUUUCUUUUAUUUAACCAAAUAUUUGUUUACAAUUUUUAACUCUUCUAAAAUGUAUAUUUGAAUACAAUGCUUAAAUUGAUUUAUUUUUAUUUUUACAUAGCAGUAUGUGGUAGUUGAAAGUAUUUAGCUCUUACUGCAUACGCCCUAGGAAACCUUUUAGGUUGGCCUACCUGGGGAAAAUCCACUUGAACAUUGUUCUAUAUCAUAACACAGCUAGCCAAUGAGCGGGUAGUUUCCCUUAAAGGGGCAGGUCUGUAGUGGUUGUGGGCGUUACUUGUGGUGAUGUCAUCUUUCAGGUCUGUCUUAAGAUGAGUGAGCGGUUUGGAUGACUGGCAGAAUAGAGAUUUAACUUUUAGAUGUUGUUGUGUGGACAGCAAUUCAAGAAGAAUUAGUGACUAGUUUGGCUUUCCUGGUGUUUUGAUGAGGGGGAGAGAUUGAAGACGGCUCAUGGGAAGACUACAGAGCAGAAUGAAUUGUUUUGCUUUAGAUUGUGGAAUCGGUAGACUGAAGAGCAGGUAGCAAGGCAAAACCUGGCAGUUAGUGCCUUCCACUCAUCUCUGCUAGAAGAAGCCUCAUCACAUGCAGGCAGACAUGAAAUUCAACCAGUGUGUGCAACAGCAAGCUCUGGAGAACAGCGACAACAAAGUGUGGAAAUGGCACAUUCAGGACCCAGCCAGUCAGAGGCUGACGUGGAACAAGCCUCCCAAAAGUGUCCUUGUCGUCAAGAAGAUCCAGGAUGCCAGUCUACUGCAGCCUUUCAAAGAGCUGUGUGUUUUUCUCACAGAGCAGAAAAACUUGAUUGUUUAUGUGGAGAGCAAGGUCCUGGCGGACACAGCCAUUGCAGGCGAUGAGAGCUUUGGGGCCGUCAUCCAGAAGUUCUGUACCUUCAGAGAAGAUCUCGAUGACAUUUCCAAUCGAGUGGAUUUCAUCAUUUGUCUUGGUGGAGAUGGGACCUUACUUUACGCAUCGUCACUCUUCCAGGAGAGCGUUCCACCUGUUAUGGCCUUCCACCUGGGUUCUCUGGGCUUCCUCACACCUUUCAAAUUUGACACAUACCAGUCUCAGGUCACCCAAAUCAUUGAGGGUAACACCGCCAUCAUCCUGCGCAGUCGCCUGCGGGUGAGAGUGGUGAAGAAGGGCAUCAUUAUGACGAACGGUGACAGUGAGGGCUGCCGCAAAUCCAUGCAGUACCAGGUGCUAAAUGAGGUGGUGGUGGACAGAGGCCCGUCGUCCUACCUUUCCAACGUGGACCUCUUCCUAGACGGACACCUCAUCACCACGGUACAGGGAGACGGUGUGAUAGUGUCCACUCCCACGGGCAGCACGGCGUACGCGGUGGCAGCCGGAGCCUCCAUGAUCCACCCCAACGUGCCGGCCAUCAUGAUCACUCCCAUCUGCCCCCACUCAUUGUCCUUCAGACCCAUCGUAGUGCCUGCUGGGGUGGAACUCAAGAUCAUGCUGUCACGUGACGCCAGAAAUACGGCCUGGGUGUCGUUUGACGGGAGGAAGAGACAAGAGAUCUGCCAUGGAGACAGCAUUACCAUCACUACUUCCUGCUUCCCUGUUCCCUCCAUCUGUUUCCGGGACCCCGUGAACGACUGGUUUGAGAGCCUGAGUCAAUGUUUACACUGGAAUGUGAGGAAGAAGCAGAACUACCUCAGCUCAGAGGAGGAAGAAUUCUGAGGCCAACAAACUCGCCACCCGGUGACGCUAUGUUGACCCUUUGGGUGCGUUCCAGAUAUACAGAUUCUGCACAGUUCACUGAUGAAAUCUGAUCUUUAUAAUACCUGGACAAGUGUUUUAACAUACUAGGAUACGACGUCAACAUGAUAUUUUGAUAUCCUAUAUCUGGAAUGCACCCAUUGACUUCAGUUGGAUUCCAUCAGGUAAAUUUGCAACUAAUAUCCUCCAGAGAUGGUUUGCAUUAUUUUGUUUUGGUUCUAGAAUGAAUCAUCCCUUACUGUUAAGAAUUUCACGCCCUUUGAAAAAGAUUGUCGAAAUUGCCUUUUUAUGCCAACAAACAGUCUCACGGGUUAACUUAAACCUGGAUUGUUUUCAGUCAGACAUGAGACAAAGUAAUACUGAGCUAGGGAUCAAAACCAUGAUAUCAUCCUCCUGAUAAUGAUUGUUAAAGUUGGGCCAUGAGAUAUGUGGUCUGUUUUAGCACUUUGUCUAUUGUUUCGUGGCGUCUACAGGCUAUCAGGGACAAACCUCGGCUCCUCUUAAACCAUGGACGUUGUUUUGUUUAGCUUGAGCGACGUGAAUGCUAAAGGGCUGCCAAGCUCCUCAACAUAGAAAACAGAUGUCGUGACUAUUGUCAGUGGGGUUGUUCAUCAAGAACCAAUGUUCUUGGAGAUAAUGGGGAUAAGGAAUUAAAUGUAUUUGUUUUUUAUACAAUCCCUAACAGAAAAGUAGGUGUUAUUAUUACUACUACUUCAGGAAAAGCAGAAUAAUUGCGUCUACUCUGCAAUAAUGAACUAAAUGUGUAGAUUGUGCCUUCAACUUGUAACUAUUACAUAGAUAAUUGCUUAUUAAGGUUUACAUAACUUUAAUUUUCUUAAUCGUAUUUACAGCUUAGUGCAAGUGUAGCAUAAUCAUAUCUUCAGUAUUCCUCUCUCUGCAGUUUGUCUGCAGUGCAAGCCAUUUGAGAAGCUUAUGUUCAUCUUACGUUAACUACUCUGUCUACAACAACGUUGUAGUGUCUGACCAUGUAAAAUGCCCGAACAGUAUGGAACAAACGUUAAGAACUAAAGUCCAUUCCAGGUGAGAUGAGACCACAACUUGAUUGUAUUCAUUGCCUUUCACUGUAAAGCCAUAGAUCUACUAUGUCAUUAAUUUCAAGGUAAUUUCGUUGUUCACAACAGGGUUUUACCACCCAAGGCAGGGUAGGCCUCCCUGGUCCCAGAGUGCCGUGGAUACCGCAGGUUGUUAUGGUUAACCUAUUUAUAUUUGCUUUAGACUUGGGAGGACAGAGAGACGGAAUUUAGCCCAUCAAUGAUAUUGAAUAAUUAGCUCAGUUGGCGAGGUGAUGAGUCUGGUGUGGUGCCUGGAUGGACCUAAACCCUGCUGUGCCUGUGGUACUCCAGGACCAGGGUUGUACUCCAGGACCAGGGUUGUCCGCCCCUGACCUAUGGUGUCAGACUUAUUGCAGUAUGAUGAGAGAUUGAAGGCAUUCAUAUACCAGUUGUAGGUGUUGGCCUAACUUACCAAAUGAGAAUAAUUCUCACCCCCUCUGACGGACCAGCUCUGAAAUAUCGACUUGAUAAUAUAAUAAAAUAUGAUAUGAUGGUUUGGGGGUUUUUCUUCUUUCCUAAUUGGCUUUUCGGGGGGUGAUAAAAUUGACAUGUUUUUCAUAUAACAUUUUAUCAAGGAAUUAUAAUAUAAUCUUUAACUAUCAGAUGUUCAUUUUAGAGACAACUAAUUAUAGUUUAUAUGAAUUUAAUUCUUAAUGAAUUUGCGUGUUUAAUGUACUUGUUCGAUGGGCAAGUGACAUUUCCCCCAAUAGAAAAAGUGGUUUACGCUCUGGAUACCAGUGCACCACUGCAAGAGGACCAGCUUACUCUAACUAGUCAAUCAAUCAUUCCUUUAUUUUCUCAUUUAUGAUGCUUCAAUAAGAUGUUUUUUAUAUAGCCUAUAUGUUUAUUAACCAGUUUGCACUGUAUCUUUGCUGAAAUAUAAUUAUCUUUGGUACUUUUUCUAUAUUGAUAUUGUCUUAAGGCUUCAGUGCAGGUUAGUUUCACAAUCUAUUCUCUUAAAGUAGAAAAAUAUUAAUUUCCACUAACAAUUGAGUUUGGAGUGGAGUAUGUUCAUCAAGAUUGAAUGACAGUCCCUUCAGUUGUUAGGGGAUAUCGUUUUAUAAGAGCAAACAUUUGAAAGAAAUGUGUUUGUCUUUAUUUGCUACUAUACUUUGUUUUUCAGUGAGUACAGUGUAUCCUCUACUGAAGUAAUGGCAGUCGUGGACUUUGCCUUACAAACCAGCCGAUAGAUAACGAAAGAACCAAGAUUUUUACACUGAAAUCAUUUAAGCUUCCCCAAUGUGAUAACUUUAUAGUUCCUUUUGGAUGAAGGACCUUAUUCCUAUGAUGCUUUCUAUGUCAAGUCUCAUCUUCAAGUGCUUCUCACUUUGUUUUGUAGACUUCUACAGCUCUGUGGUCCUAUAACUCUUUUGUAAUGGUACGUUUUGUAAAUAUUGUUUCUGAAAUGAAUUCUGCUAUUUUUCCAGAGCACUUUAAUAAACAGAGAGCCAAUGAA